GUGUCGGCAGCGCCGGGGCCGCAUUUGUCUGCUCGAGGUGCCGGCGGCCGGAGCGAGCCUGGUGUUCGGCGGCCGCGAGCUGCAAGUGUCAUCGGCGGCCGCGGCCCCGGGAGGAGACCGAGUGGGAGGAAACCUCGUGUCCACGACGCCCGGCCGGGAGCGGCGCGCCCGCGGAGCAGCAUGCGGAGCGGCGCCCGGCGCCCAGACCACUCCUCCCGCGGCGGCGAGCCCGGGGCGGCGCGGGGGCGGCGGGCGGCAUGAAGGAGGCCGGGGGGCGGCUCGGCUCGGGGCGCUGCUAGGAGCGCAGCCGCGCGCUGCACGGUCGCCGGGCGCAGCGGAGGGCGUGGAGCCGGGCGGGUCGCGCCGGCGAGCGGGAGCCGGUGGCCGGAGCUGGUGCUGAUUUCGGGCGCGGACGCUACUAGGGGGGCCCGGAGGAGCAGCCCCCGAUCCCCGGCGGGCAGCCGACAUGGGCAACGCGGGGAGCAUGGAUUCGCAGCAGACCGAUUUCAGGGCGCACAGCGUGCCUUUGAAGCUGCCGAUGCCCGAGCCAGGUGAACUGGAGGAGCGGUUUGCCAUCGUGCUGAAUGCUAUGAACCUGCCCCCUGACAAAGCCAGGCUGCUGCGGCAGUAUGACAAUGAGAAAAAGUGGGAACUGAUUUGUGAUCAGGAACGGUUCCAGGUGAAGAAUCCUCCCCACACGUACAUUCAGAAGCUCAAAGGCUAUCUGGACCCCGCUGUAACCAGGAAGAAAUUUAGACGGCGUGUUCAAGAAUCCACACAAGUGCUAAGAGAACUGGAAAUUUCCUUAAGAACCAACCAUAUCGGAUGGGUCAGGGAGUUUUUGAAUGAAGAAAACAAAGGCCUCGAUGUCCUGGUGGAGUAUCUGUCGUUUGCGCAGUACGCGGUAACUUUUGACUUUGACAGCGUGGAAAGCACCGUGGAGAGCUCGGUGGACAAAUCAAAGCCCUGGAGUAGGUCCAUCGAGGACCUGCACAGAGGCAGCAACCUGCCCUCCCCCGUGGGCAACAGUGUGUCCCGCUCCGGAAGGCAUUCUGCACUGCGAUAUAAUACUUUGCCAAGCAGAAGAACCUUGAAAAAUUCAAGAUUAGUGAGUAAGAAGGAUGACGUGCAUGUCUGCAUCAUGUGUUUACGUGCCAUCAUGAAUUAUCAGUAUGGUUUCAACAUGGUCAUGUCUCAUCCACAUGCUGUCAACGAGAUUGCACUAAGCUUGAACAACAAGAAUCCAAGAACAAAAGCCCUUGUGUUGGAACUGUUGGCAGCCGUUUGUCUCGUCAGAGGCGGGCAUGAAAUCAUUUUAUCAGCAUUUGACAACUUUAAGGAGGUUUGUGGAGAAAAGCAGCGCUUUGAGAAGUUGAUGGAACAUUUCAGGAAUGAAGACAAUAAUAUCGAUUUUAUGGUGGCCUCUAUGCAGUUUAUUAAUAUUGUAGUCCAUUCAGUAGAAGAUAUGAAUUUCAGAGUUCACCUCCAGUAUGAAUUCACCAAGUUAGGCCUGGACGAAUACUUGGAUAAGCUGAAACACACGGAGAGUGACAAGCUGCAGGUGCAGAUCCAGGCGUACCUGGACAACGUGUUCGACGUGGGGGCCCUGCUGGAGGACGCCGAGACCAAGAACGCAGCCUUGGAAAGGGUGGAGGAGCUGGAAGAAAACCUCUCUCAUUUGUCUGAGAAGCUGCAAGACACGGAGAACGAAGCCAUGUCCAAGAUCGUGGAGCUGGAGAAGCAGCUCAUGCAGAGGAACAAGGAGCUGGAUGUGGUUCGAGAAAUCUACAAAGAUGCAAAUACCCAGGUUCACACGUUAAGGAAAAUGGUCAAAGAGAAAGAAGAAGCCAUUCAGAGACAGUCGACCCUGGAAAAAAGGAUCCAUGAACUGGAAAAACAAGGGACUAUUAAGAUUCAGAAAAAAGGGGACGGGGACAUCGCCAUCCUGCCGGUCGUGGCUUCCGGCACGGCGUCCGGGGGCUCGGAGGCCGCGGGGGGACCAGUAACGGGGGCCGCCGCCUCGGGACCCUUGCCCCCUCCCCCACCUCUACCUCUGGUGUCAGAUGCGCCUGAAGCUGUGCAAAACGGUCCGGUGACACCACCUAUGCCCCCGCCUCCCCCGCCCCCUCCCCCGCCCCCGCCUCCCCCACCCCCUCCGCCGCCUCUGCCGGGUCCUGCCUCCGAGACUGUGCCAGCGCCUCCUCUACCGCCACCCCUUCCUCCCUCUGCACCCCCGCUGCCCGGGACCUCUUCGCCCACGGUGGUUUUCAACUCAGGAUUAGCAGAUGGGCCCAUCAAACUUUUCUCUGUGAAAAUUAAGAAGCCAAUCAAGACGAAAUUCAGAAUGCCAGUCUUUAACUGGGUUGCCCUGAAGCCAAAUCAGAUCAACGGCACAGUCUUCAAUGAGAUUGAUGACGAGCGGAUUCUGGAGGAUUUAAAUGUGGAUGAAUUUGAGGAAAUAUUUAAGACCAAAGCCCAAGGUCCUGCCAUUGAUCUUUCCUCAAGCAAACAGAAGAUAACGCAGAAGGGAUCCAACAAGGUGACGCUCCUGGAAGCAAAUAGGGCCAAAAACCUUGCCAUCACUUUAAGGAAAGCUGGAAAGACUGCCGACGAGAUCUGUAAAGCCAUUCACGUCUUCGACUUGAAGACGCUGCCUGUGGACUUUGUGGAGUGCUUGAUGCGGUUCUUGCCGACGGAGAACGAGGUAAAGGUGCUCCGGCUCUAUGAGCGGGAGAGGAAGCCGCUGGAGAACUUGUCGGACGAGGACCGCUUCAUGAUGCAGUUCAGCAAGAUCGAGCGGCUCAUGCAGAAGAUGACCAUCAUGGCCUUCAUCGGCAACUUCGCCGAGAGCGUCCAGAUGCUCACGCCGCAACUGCACUCCAUUAUAGCAGCAUCUGUCUCUAUAAAGUCGUCUCAAAAACUCAAGAAAAUUCUGGAGAUCAUCUUGGCCCUUGGGAACUACAUGAACAGCAGUAAACGAGGAGCAGUUUAUGGAUUCAAGCUUCAGAGUUUAGAUCUGCUGUUAGAUACAAAGUCCACGGACCGGAAGCAAACGCUGCUGCACUACAUAUCCAAUGUCGUCAAGGAGAAGUACCAGCAGGUGUCCCUCUUCUACAACGAGCUGCAUUAUGUGGAGAAAGCUGCGGCAGUCUCCCUGGAGAACGUCUUGCUGGACGUGAAGGAGCUGCAGAGGGGCAUGGACCUGACCAAGCGCGAGUACACCAUGCACGACCACAACACGCUGCUGAAGGACUUCGUCCUCGGCAACGAGGGGCGGCUGAAGAAGCUGCAGGAUGACGCCAAGAUCGCGCAGGAUGCCUUCGAUGACGUGGUGAAGUAUUUUGGAGAAAACCCCAAGACGACGCCCCCCUCUGUCUUCUUUCCUGUGUUCGUCCGGUUUGUGAAGGCCUACAAGCAAGCGGAGGAGGAGAACGAGCUGAGGAAGAAGCAGGAGCAGGCGCUCAUGGAGAAGCUCCUGGAGCAGGAGGCUCUGCUGGAGCAGCAGGACCCGAAGUCUCCUUCUCACAAAUCAAAGAGGCAGCAGCAGGAGUUGAUUGCAGAGUUAAGAAGGCGUCAAGUGAAAGAUAACAGGCACGUGUACGAAGGGAAGGACGGUGCCAUUGAAGACAUCAUCACAGCUUUAAAGAAGAAUAAUAUCACUAAAUUUCCAAAUGUUCACUCGAGGGUAAGGAUUUCUUCUAGCACACCGGUGGUGGAGGAUACACAGAGCUGAUCUUAGAAACCAACCAUACAGACGAGCCGAUGCGGUGAGGAGAAGUGUCAGGAGGCGCUUUGAUGAUCAGAACUUGCGUUCUGUUAAUGGUGCCGAAAUAACCCUGUGAACCUGAGACCUGACUGAAUGAACAGAGGGUGUGCGUGAAAGCAGCUGUCCACAUGGACUUCACGUGCCACCAUUUAACUGCAGCCUUGAACACAGAUGAAAUAUUCUAAGGGCUCAGAUUUAGCAAACAUAGGAAUUUUAAAAUGAUGGGCCCUCUCAACCUUUGUUAACAAGUGCCUAAAAAGUGGAAGUACCUGCUCAGAUUAAUCGAAGCAAUAGGAUUGGAUUUGAUUAGGUAUCUUUUUACACCAGUAUGUUACUCAAUUUUUUAAUCAAAUUGUACAUUUCCUAUUACAUGCAUUACCUGCCAUUGUGAAUGUCCCCGUGAUGGCCCACCCUGGCUUCCUGAGAAGUUGUAAAUAACAUGGAUGACUCUGUAGUGGGCUCCCUUUGUUGAGAUGUCUUUUAAGGAAUUUUGGGUUUCAGUCAUACCCAUCAACUUUGUAUUUUUAAGGGCUUGCAACACGGGAGGAGGAGGAAAAAGUCCCAUGAUAAACUCCUUGUGUCCAAAACUAAGCCCUAGCAAAGUUCAGACAGAAUGCAAUUCCAGUAGCUCAGGAGGAUACUCAGCAGUCUCCUUUCACAGUCUAGUACGCUGUGCUAGUGUACCAUGCCCCUCCUGGGAGAGUCCCCGUAUGAAUGCAAGGAAUAUGAUGGCAUACAAAUGUUGCACAGUACUGUGUUCUUCAGCUAGGGGCAGCUUUGAAAAGAUAAUGCAAUAUAUUUAUUAAUUAGCACUAAAAUUAACAUCUCAGUUAUCAGCAUUAGGAUUUCUGAGGACUAUUAUGGGUCAAACCUGAGAAGAUAAAUCAGUGCCUUGCUAGCCAGGGAUAAGUUCACUAGUUCUAUCAACAGUGCUCAAGGUUACUUCUGCUGGUGGAAAAGUGUUAGUCACACUGCCUUACUCUCCUCUGACAAUCGGUUGGCUCACCCCCCACCCUCCACCCCCUUCUCUCUUUUAUAAGUCGGGGAAGAUAUAUUUGGCACCACAUCUCGAAGCUAUAAACUUUGUAUUUCCCAGAUUACUUUACGAGGAAUUGCUGAAUAUUCACGUUGGGAUAAAAUUUAAAUGAUAUGUAAUGGGACUAAAUGGCCAACUAAGCCACUGUUCCUUUUCCUUCCUCUGGCAGGGCACUCGAACCAUUCCAAAGUCAAAAACUGGACUGAAGCUAAUUUGUACUUUUCAUAAUAUACAUUCUGCUUCUGGCUUACUUUCUUGGUACAUUACAUCAGUAUAUUAAUUGUACAGUUUAUUGUAUAGUAUUUAACCACUGAAUUUCUUAUUUUAUGUUGUGCUAUGUGAACUCCUUGGUGAAGGUCCAAUUUUCCUUGGAUAAUGUGUAGUUAUAUAUGAUCUCUUUUUAAAUGUACAGAUAUUUUGCUAUAAGAUUGGUGCAGUUUUUUAUGGUUUUUACACUUCUUUAAUUCCCACCUAAGCCUCUGGGUAAUAUUGUAAAUAUUGUUUAAAAAUGCAUCGGCCUAUGCUAUACAAUCUGAAUGUUAUUUUAACUUAUAGUUUUUUUAAUAUAUAUAUUUAACUACAAGGACAGUUUAGAGAUCAGUUAUCACAUUUCACUUUAGCAUAUCUAUUUACAGAAAGAUUGCUUUUAAACUGCCACCUGCCAGCAAAUUUUCAUAAAUGUGUACUUUAAAAAGAACAUGCCAAGAUUGUUUUUCUAUUGACUCAACAUUCAUUUUGACGAUAUCAUGAUACACAAUACAAAUUGUUGGCCCUUUACCACAAGCAGCUGUUACCCAAAGCUCAAUGCUGAUGAGCACAUUAAAAUAAUUACUAUUUAUUAAUCUCCAAGUAGACAAUGUUGGCAUGUUCUUUUCUAUUUGUCUAUUAAUAGGCCUGCUUCUUAGCAAUAUUAGAAAUGUUUUAUAAAAGCAGUUCAUGUUACUUUCCUGGUCUUUUCAUGGCAUAUGAGCAAAUAAACUAUUUACACCACUA